AUGGAUGCAGAUUUGUAUGAUGAGUUUGGAAAUUAUAUAGGGCCAGAUUUAGAAUCUGACGAUGAAGAAGAUGAAGAUGUCACUUCCAGAGAGCAAGAGGCACAGGAUUAUGAUGAUGAUGGGGAUGAUGAUAGAGAAAUGGAGGAUGCUGAUAUAGCUCCCAUGUCAGUUGUAUUGCAUGAAGAUAAACGAUAUUAUCCUAAUGCCUUGGAAGUGUAUGGUCCAGAGGUUGAAACAAUUGUUCAAGAAGAAGAUAAUCAACCUUUGACAACUCCAUUAGUGGCUCCUGUUAAAAGAAAAAAAUUUCAAGUUAAACAACAACAACAACUUCCUAAAACAACUUAUGAUAUGGAAUUUUUAGCUGACAUGAUGGAUAAUGCAGCUUUAAUAAGAAAUGUAGCAUUAGUUGGUCAUCUUCAUCAUGGUAAAACAACAUUUGUAGAUUGUUUAAUUCGUCAAACACAUCCUGACUUUCAAUCGACAGAAGAAAAAAAUUUAAGAUACACAGAUACACUUUUCAUUGAGCAAGCUAGAGGAGUUUCAACAAAAGCCAUGCCUGUAACAUUGGUUUUACCUGAUGUAAAAAGUAAAAGUUAUUUAAUGAAUAUAUUUGACACACCUGGACAUGUCAAUUUUUGUGAUGAAGCUACUGCUGCCAUGAGAAUUUGUGAUGGAGUUGUAAUCUUUGUUGAUGCUGCUGAAGGUGUUGUUUUAAAUACAGAAAGACUGUUAAAGCAUGCUGUUCAAGAAAAAGUUGCCAUAACAGUUUGUAUCAAUAAAAUUGAUCGUCUUAUUCUGGAACUUAAACUUCCUCCCAAUGAUGCUUAUUAUAAAUUAAGACACAUUGUAGAAGAAGUAAAUGGUCUUUUAAGCUUAUACUCUGAUAAUGAAAAUCCACAUGUGGUUUCACCACUUUUAGGAAACGUUUGUUUUUCAAGUUCUCAAUACGCGGUUUGUUUCACUCUAAAAAGUUUUGCAAAUAUAUACAAUCAAACUUAUGGUGGAAUAAAUAUAAAUGAAUUUGCUAAAAGACUUUGGGGCGACAUUUAUUUUAAUUCUAAAACGAGAAAGUUUUCAAAAAAGCCACCACACAAUAGCGCUCAAAGGAGUUUUGUCGAAUUCAUACUUGAGCCCCUAUAUAAAAUUUUUACUCAGGUGGUCGGAGAUGUGGAUACAACUCUUCCUCAAGUAUUAGACGAAUUAGGUAUAAGAUUAACAAAAGAAGAAAUGAAAAUAAAUAUAAGGCCCUUGCUUAGAUUGGUGUGCAGUCGAUUUUUAGGAGAUUUCAAUGGUUUCGUAGACAUGUGCGUGAAUCACAUUCCAAGUCCUCAAUCGAAUGCCAAAAAUAAAGUUCAACACGUUUAUACAGGCCCGAUAGAUUCUGAUUUAGCACAAGACAUGAUAAAUUGUUCAGCCGAGGGUCACUUAAUGGUUCACAGUACAAAAAUGUAUCCUACGGACGACUGUACAUUUUUUUUGGUUUUGGGAAGAGUCAUGUCGGGAACUCUUCACGCUAAUCAAGAAGUUCGCGUUCUGGGUGAAAAUUAUACGUUACAAGAUGAGGAAGAUAGUCGGAUUUUAACCGUUGGAAGACUUUGGGUUUACGAAGCGAGGUAUAAAAUAGAAGUCAACCGAGUACCCGCUGGUAAUUGGGUUCUUAUUGAAGGAAUCGAUCAGCCCAUUGUUAAAACUGCAACCAUAACUGACAUAAAUACGGAUGACGAUCUUUACAUAUUUAGACCGUUAAAAUUUAACACUCAAUCCGUUAUUAAAAUAGCCGUUGAACCGGUUAAUCCUUCUGAACUUCCGAAAAUGUUGGACGGUUUGAGAAAAGUUAACAAAUCUUAUCCUUUACUUUCGACUAGAGUCGAAGAAUCUGGAGAACACGUAGUUUUAGGUACCGGAGAAUUAUAUUUGGAUUGUGUUAUGCACGAUCUCAGGAACAUGUAUUCAGAAAUAGAUAUAAAAGUAGCCGAUCCUGUCGUUACAUUUUGCGAAACCGUCGUUGAAACUUCAUCUCUUAAAUGCUUCGCCGAAACUCCAAACAGGAAAAAUAAAAUAACCAUGAUUGCCGAGCCUUUGGAAAAAGGUUUAGCAGAAGAUAUUGAAAAUGAAAUAGUUCACAUAUCGUGGAAUAAAAAGCGACUCGGAGAGUUUUUCCAGACAAAAUACGAUUGGGAUUUAUUAGCCGCUCGAUCCAUUUGGGCGUUCGGUCCUGAUAUAACAGGUCCAAAUAUUUUGGUUGACGACACGCUACCUUCAGAGGUCGAUAAAGGAUUGUUGAAUUCGGUUAAAGAUUCAAUUGUUCAAGGUUUUCAAUGGGGAACAAGGGAGGGACCACUUUGUGAAGAACCCAUACGUAACGUGAAAUUUAAAAUUCUCGAUGCCGUUAUCGCUUCAGAGCCAUUGCACAGAGGAGGAGGUCAAAUAAUUCCAACGGCUCGUAGAGUUGCUUAUUCCGCUUUUCUAAUGGCCACGCCGAGAUUGAUGGAACCUUAUUUGUUCGUUCAGGUUCAAGCACCGGCGGAUUGCGUAUCUGCCGUUUACACGGUAUUAGCAAAAAGAAGAGGUCACGUCACUCAAGAUGCUCCGGUACCGGGUUCACCGCUUUACACAAUCAAAGCUUUCAUACCUGCGAUAGAUUCUCUAGGAUUCGAAACGGAUUUAAGAACGCACACGCAGGGUCAAGCAUUUUGCCUUUCGGUUUUCCACCAUUGGCAGAUCGUUCCGGGUGAUCCCCUUGAUAAAAGCAUCGUUAUUCGACCUUUAGAACCUCAACCUGCGACUCAUCUGGCAAGAGAAUUCAUGGUUAAAACAAGAAGAAGAAAAGGAUUGUCCGAAGAUGUAUCAAUCAAUAAAUUUUUCGACGAUCCCAUGUUGCUGGAACUUGCUAGACAGGACGUUAUGCUUAAUUAUCCUCUGUAA